AGGGCUGGAUUCGUUCGGCAGGGUGUGGGAUCUCCGGACCGGACGCUGUGUGAUGUUCCUGGAGGGACACCUGAAGGAGAUCUACUCUCUACACUUCUCCCCCAACGGGCAUCACCUGGCCACAGGAAGUGGAGACAACACCUGUAAGGUGUGGGAGCUGAGGAACAGGAAGUGCCUCUACACAGUCCCCGCCCACCAGAACCUGGUGUCCGCCGUGCGCUUUCAGCCCACAGACGGUCACUUCCUGUUGACGGGAGCCUAUGACAACACAGCGAAGGUGUGGUCUCACCCCGGCUGGACGCCUCUGAAGACGCUCGCCGGACACGAGGGCAAGGUGAUGGGCGUCGACGUUUCUCCGGACGGAAAACUGAUCGCAACAAGUUCGUACGACCGCACCUUCAAACUGUGGCUGACCGAGUGAUGUCAUAGAGUGAUGUCAUAGUGAUGUCAUCGGGGUGUCAGGAUUUUGUUUUUUUGUCUGAAAGUGAAUAAAACCUCAUUUUUUUUCUUGUUUAUUUUUUAAAUAAAGUUCCAGUUUACAUUU